CAGUUGCUGAUUCACCUACUAAGGCAAUAUGGCGGACCAAAAUGAGUUAGAUCAGUUGGCCGCAGCAGAAUUGGAGAGAUUGCAACGGCAACAUCGCUCAUUUCAAUUGGAACUUCGUGGAUUGCUGGAAGAAAAAGCUAGGCAGUUAAAGAAACAAAACCACUUGAUAACGGUUUUACAACAGGAACAUCAAAAGUUGAAAGAUGAGAUUAGCACACUGGAGGGUGGAACGCAUGCGAGAAAAAAUACAAAUAAAGAAAAGCGACUGAGUUUUUUGCAAAGGCAAAACGUCGAGCUACAACAAAUUUUGCAAGGCGAACGUGUUAAGAUAUGGGAGCUGGAAGGUCACAUUAAGAAGGUCGAAAAGGAAAUCGAUGGCUUGCGCAAGAACGAAGUCACUGAUAGCUGUUACAAGGAAAGCAUUGGCAAGGUGCAAAAGAAUGUCGUCAAGUUGGAGAAUCGCUUGGAUGUGGUUAAUAAAAAGUACAGCGAUGUUUUGACUGAGAAUUGCAAAUUGCGGGACUCCAUAAAUCACAUGCUACAGGAUCGCGCAAAUUUCAACGAGAUGUGGCAAUCAAUGGUGACUCAGUUUAACGAAGGGAAAAAAUAUAUAAUUGAGUUAAUAGAUCAGUCUACCGUGGCGUUUGAUUUGCGCGAGGAGCUUUGCAAUAAACUACAAGUCCUCAAGGAUCGAAGCGAGAACGAUAAAAUUAUGCAUAUACAGGAAAUGCGUGAAAUGCAACGUCGUCUAGAACACGACGCCAAACUUCAGAAAUUCUUCGACAUAAAAGGUCAGAAGCGUUUCAAUCCCGAAUUGGAACAACGUGAGGCGAACAAAAAACUUGCUUUGAAAGAUAAUUAUGAAAGGCAAUUGGAGGAAUAUCACGCCAUCAUAGAUGACAUUAAGGAAUUAUAUGCGGUGGAGGACACCGACAGUUUGGCUGCACAAUUCAAGCGGCAGGAAGAGGAAAAUUUCGCACUAUUUAACUAUGUCAACGAGUUAAGUCACGAGGUGGAGGCUUUAAAUGAUACAACUCAGGAGCUGAGCGAAGAAAUUGAGCGACAAAAAGCCGAACACGAAGAAAAGGCGCUUAAACAGAAGACAGAAGCUUUGGAUUAUCUAAAUAGUGAGCUGGAGAAAAUAGAAGCAGCAGCCGCAGAGGCCAGCGAAAGGAAAUUAAUGCUUCACACGCGUUUAGAUCAAAUAUUGCAGGGCAUAUUGGAUAUUUUCAGGCUUUUAUCUUGCAAUGAUGCUCCGAUUUUGAAUGUGUUGAGCACCAAAACUGUAUUAACGGUUCAUAAUGUGAAACUUUUCGUCGGUGUCAUUGAGCGUCGCAUCAACACUGUUAUCAGCAAUGUCAAUAUAGAUGAAUCUUCAACUAAAAUAUUAGCUCGAAAGGAUCGCGUACCAAAAUUUAACAUUAGAGAGUCAGCCAAGGGAAAAAAUUAAUUCAUUCUCACAUGACAAAGAACGCAUCAAAAGGAUGUUUGGAAAUCAUGCCCAU